CUGAAGCUCCUGCCUCAACAUUCCCAUUCCCAUUCCCAUUCCAAUUCCCACCUUUGAUUUCAACAUCCGGAAACACUUCAAGUUUCACAGACUUCCUCAUUUCUGUCAUCGUACAUGAUCAGAACCAAAAGAAUCAUGUCUAUCAUUUCCGCCUCCCAGAUCCCCUCGGUAUCUCUCCUCUACAAAUCCAAGAAACUCGUCCCCUCCACCUCGAAGCCUGCCGAAGCCACGCCGGCACCCUCUCAAUCCCUCAACAACCGAAUCGGCCUCAUCAAAGGAGAUAUCACACUGCUUGCAGUCGAUGCCAUCGUCAAUGCAGCUAACAACUCUCUUCUUGGAGGAGGAGGGGUAGAUGGUGCUAUCCACCGAGCUGCCGGACGUAAUCUAUAUCUUGAAUGUCGAAAGUUAGACGGAUGCGACACUGGUUCCGCCAAAAUCACCAACGCCUACGAGCUCCCCUGCAAAAAAGUCAUACAUGCUGUUGGUCCAAUCUACAAUGAUCGUGACGUGGAGAAGAGCGAAGAAGAUCUCGCCGGUUGUUAUACCACGAGUUUGCAGCUUGCUGUGGAAAAUGAUUGCAAGACCAUUGCGUUUAGCGCUCUGAGCACUGGUGUUUAUGGUUAUCCAAGUGAUGACGCUGCUCCUGUUGCCAUUCAAGCGGUAAAGGAGUUUUUGGAGGGUGAAGAUGGUGAGAAGUUGGAAAAGGUCAUCUUCUGCACAUUUACAGCAAAGGAUGUUGAUGCUUACAAUGACUGGCUUCCGUAAGUUUUACUGUGGAGUAAAAUACUCGUAUGCUAAUUUCACCUAGCAAAUUCUUUCCUGCAACAGAAUACGACUUGUCCGAAGAAAAAGAAGAUGAUUGGGAAGAAGUCGAGGGAGGAGAAUCAGCAGAGAAUGGCCCACCUUCGAAAAAGGACGACAAAACAGUAAAGGUCGAUGACGAAACCACUUAG